AUGUCAGAAACAAAUUCUAGUGAAACUUUAUCGAUUCAGCAAGAAAAUUCCACUGUAACAAACGAUUUUUUGGGAAUAAGAUCCGAAAAUAAUCAAAGUCAAAAUAAUUCUUUUUCCCGAGGAGGUUACAGAGGUGGCUUUCGUAACAGCCGAUCCCAAAAUGUUAAUCUAGAAAAUACUCCCGUAUUAACUAACGAAACAAACGAGCAACCAAUAACGCAACCAAGUACUCAACCAAUAACACAACCAACAACGGUUGUUCAAAGGGAUAUUAAUGAAAGGAAUAAUCGUUAUGAAAGUGGAAGACAUCAUUUUCGAAAUAAACGUGAUCCAAGAAGUAAUCAGAAUACAAAUACACAAAACACUAAUUCCGAGACAAAUAGCUCUCGGGAAUCUCAAUCAAUAGGUAAUAAUUUGAGGAAUAGGUCAGAAUAUCGUGGUGGCAGAGGUGGAAGAUCAUAUGUAAAUGAAUCUCGUACUUCACCAAGUGAGAAUCAAGGAAUAAGUGAAGAUUCCUCAGCGAAUCAAAUAAAAGAUAACGUAGUUAAAGAAUCACUUCGUGAAGGUGAUUUAUCAUCUCAAGAAUAUACAAAACCUACUGGAUCUAAGGACAAUAAUGUUUCAGAAAAUAGAUCAAAAGUUCCUAAGGAAAAAAUAUCAUCAUCUCCUUCAACUUCAUCAAGUUCUAAUCAGAAAACUUUUCGCAACAACAAUCGAUCCAAAAUAUCAUCUAAAAAGGUUUCUCUUGAUGAGAUUAAAGAUGUACGAACUUCAAUAACACAUGGUUUAACUACUUCUACGUAUGAAUGCAUGAUAUGUUGUGAAGUAAUUCGACCUUAUAGCAAGACAUGGUAUUGUGGAGUUUGUUGGGCUGUUUUUCACCUUCAGUGUACGCAAAAAUGGGCACAAAAAUCAGUUCAAGAUGUAGGAUCUUGGCGUUGUCCGGGUUGUCAACAUAGAUUAGAGAAUAUUCCAGAAGUAUAUAAAUGCUUUUGUGGUAAAGUAGAAAAUCCGCAAAAUUCUAGAUAUUUUACCCCUCACAGUUGUGGUGAAAUUUGUAGAAGAAAACGAGAUUGUCCUCACGAUUGUACUCAGUUAUGUCAUCCUGGCCCGUGCGAUCGCACUUGCUCUGCUAUGGGACCAGUUCAACCUUGUUUUUGUGGUCGUGAGAAAUUUCAACUUCGUUGUGUCGAUACCGAUUAUUCAGGUGGAAGGUCUUGUGGAACUACCUGUGGUAAAUUACUUGGAUGCGAAAAACAUUAUUGUGAACAAGAUUGUCACGAUGGUUCAUGUAAAAGAUGUGAUGUUGUUGAAAUACAAAAAUGUUAUUGUGGUCAAACAGAACGUGAGGCCAAAUGUGGUGAAGGAAAUCCCAUUCAUUGUUAUAGAAAUUCAAAUGACAAUUCUGAUGACUGGACUGGCUUCUUUUCUUGUGAUUGUGUUUGUUCACGAUUACUUGAUUGUGGAAAACAUUAUUGUGAUCGAAAAUGUCAUUCCAACAGCGGUGAAGCUGAACCAUGUUUAUUGGAUCCUUCACGAGUUAAAAAUUGUCCUUGUGGUGCACGUUCUAUAGAAGAAUUACUUGGAUGCGAAAGGAUGUCAUGCACUGAGAAAAUUCCCCUGUGUGGGAAUCCCUGUAGAAAGUCUUUGAUGUGUGGCCAUUCUUGUACAGAUGUUUGUCAUUAUGGAGAAUGCAAACCUUGUACCGUUAAAGUUCGCAUUAAAUGUCGUUGCGGUAGCACCGAAUUUGAAAAGAUAUGUUCUGAAGUUACAGGAAAAUCCGGUGAACCACCAUUAUGUGAGAAAAUAUGUAAAAUGUUGAGAAAUUGUAGAAAGCAUGAAUGUAAUACCAAAUGUUGUCCUUCGGCUAACAUUAAACAGAAACAUUCCAAGAGGAGAUUUAUUCCUCAAGAAGAGGAAGAUCUAAAUCAUAUUUGCACUUUAAUAUGUGGGAAGAAAUUACAAUGUGGAAAACACAACUGUCAACUUCUUUGUCAUUCAGGACCCUGUAUGCGUUGCUUAGAGGCAACUUUUGAGGAAUUAUCAUGUCAUUGUGGUCAAACCAAAAUUUAUCCCCCAAUUCCAUGUGGGAUGGAAAUUCCUAAAUGUGAAUUUCCAUGUACUCGAAUUCCUCCAUGUAACCAUGCAGCUGUUACGCAUAAUUGUCAUCCUGAUUCGGAGCCAUGCCCUCCAUGUCCGUACCUCGUUAAUAAUAAAAAAUGUAUAUGUGGUAAAUCCACAAUUAAUAAUGUUAGAUGUCAUAAGACGAAUGUUAGUUGCGGAAAAGAAUGUGAUCGCCCUUUAUAUUGUGGAGGCCAUCGUUGCCGACGUUUAUGUCAUUCAGGAGAUUGUCUCGAUCCGCAAAUAUGUAAUCAAAUAUGUGGAAAACCACGUAAAGAUUGUGGACACCCUUGUACUUCUACAUGUCACGCUCCUUCAAGAUGUCCUGAAGAGACACCAUGUUUACAAAAAAUAACAAUUAAUUGCAAAUGUGGUAAUUUAUCUCGAGAAGUGACCUGUAAUUCGACUGUGGAAAAUCCAGCGGAUAAAGAUCGACAGUUAGAUUGUAAUGAUUUUUGUGCAAUGAUUGAAAGAAAUCGAAAAUUAGCAGAUGCAUUAGAAUUGAGUGAUCGUAUUGUUGAUGGAAAUUUGAUUAAAGAGAUUCCCGAAUAUGAUACGUUUUUACUUCAAUAUUAUGAAACUAAUAAGGAGUGGGCUAAAAAUAUUGAAAAUACCUUGACUGAAUUUAUCAAGUCUGUUAAACCAACAUUGAAUUUUUCUCCAAUGAAGUCAUCUCAUAGACAUUUCAUACAUGGAUUAUGUGUUCAUUAUCGAUUAACAUCCGAAAGCGUUGACGUAGAACCAUACAGAAGUAUUAUCGUGAAGAAAAAAUCCGACUCUACAAUUCCCCCAAUAUUGCUUUCUCAAACUUAUGCAAAGUAUGGUAAGAUGGGAAAUCAAUCUUUGGCAAAUGUAUCUUCCUCAUCAUCUAUUACGACUCCAGAACAAUCAAUUCGUAAGCCGAAGCAACCAGUUAAUGCUUUGUAUCUAGUGGAAUUGAAUAAAGGAUUAACAAAGGAAGAAUUACAAAAGAAUUUAGAUUCAUUAUUAGGCAAAAUUGCUUGUCAAACCAAAUGGAUCAACGAUGAAGAUGUAAUCAUUAUACCAUUCGUUGGUUCAAUGCAAAUGAAUGAUUUAGAAGCCUUGUUAAUGAAACUGAAGCUAUCUGCCAAAGAUAUAUUGAUUUCGAAAGGAAUUGUUGGGAACGCGGAAUUGUGUUGGGUUAAUUCCAAAUAUGAAGUUACUUGGCGAGAAAGAAGUAAAUUGUUAAACAAUCGCGGAUCAAAGGUUACUGCGGUUCCAUCAUCGAUAUCAAUAGAUAACAAAAAUUCAUUCGAAAUGUUGAUGAAUGUCAAAAAUUAUGAAUCAUCACAUACAGUUGAUUCAUGGGAUGCUGAUAUUGAUAAUAGCAAAAAUAAUUCCAGUAAACAAUUGCCCGUAAAUAUUACUAGUGAAGAUAAUAUUGUUGACGAUUGGGAAUUAUUAAGUGAUAAUGAGUAA